UGUCCGACAUCUUUUCAUAGCUAGCACUUAGAUAACUUUACAGUCGGACAGUUCGAACAGGUACAGGUCAGGUAUAAACCACUUACCCGACUUUAACUAUCUUACUGGAGUUGUGUGACAUUAUAAGGACAUUUACCUCUUCGAAUAGACGACGCGGUUAAAGUUUUUUUUGCUAACUUUAAACCGUCCGCGCCGCCAUCGCGCCUAAAUGUGUGCCGCCUUCAAGUGACGCUCGUAACGCCCGUAAAUGUAAACUACCUUCUUAUCUUCAUAACUCCUCCUCUUUUUAAACCAUCUUUAAUUCUUAAUAGUUGCCAGGGGAAACGUGUAACGUUUAAUUAAGGAUGCCCCGAGAAGAUGAAUAUGCCGCCUACGUCCGGUUCGCGUGGGGAAUGGCCACAUUUCCGAGGGUACUGGAAGUUGAAGCUCCGCGGCCAGUGCGCAUGCUCCCGGCACUUGGAUGCCAAGCGGCGAACUUGCCUGCCCGUCGCCCACAACAGCCUGCAUCCUCUUCAUCAGCACCAGUGUGAUGAAGACAGUCCUGCUCUGACAUUCUGGAUCAGCCUGCAUACAGGAUGACCGAGGUGAUGAACUCCCUGGAGUCGGGCUCGGACGACUUUGGUGGUGCAGCGGGAGGGGACCAGAAUACCGUAUCCUUCCAGAGUAGAAAUAUUUGGAUACCAUCUUGUCUUUUUGUACAGUACUGAGCCUAGGUCACACUGCAGGUCAAUUCCGUUUUUGUUUUUUUUUUGCCCAUAAGCGCCCUGUAUUGGAUUUUUCCAUUUUAGCGUGAACAGUGCGAUUCCGAAUUUUCAUAUCCGACCUAGGCCUCUUUCGUAUAUAAAAAAAAUUCUUAAUAAAGACACAAACUAACCGUUAAAGAACAAUAAUCAUUUGUCACUUAUACCACAAAGCUGAGAUGCAGGUUUUUUUUUUAACUUAGCAUAAUCUCUCAUGAUGAAUAUCAAGGGGGCCCCUCACACCCUUAAAAUAUUUCAUAUGCGGCCCUUGGCAAUUUAGAUGGUUUUCAGCAAGCUUUUGUUGGCCCAGGUUGCAUCCAGAGGUGAGUCACGGGAGCGAUGAGUAAAACGUAGGCUGGUUGUUAUAAAAUAUCAAUGUCUUAUUCCAACAGAGAGGAUCACUUUUCAUCUUGGGACGGCGUGGCGCAGUGGUAGAGUGGCCGUGCGCAACCCGAGGGACCCUGGUUCAAAUCCCACCUAGUACCAACCUCGUCACGUCCGUUGUGUCCUGAGCAAGACACUUCAACCUUGCUCCUGAUGGGUGCUGGUUGGCGCCUUGCAUGGCAGCUCCCUCCAUCAGUGUGUGAAUGGGUAAAUGUGGAAGUAGUGUCAAAGCGCUUUGGGUACCUUGAAGGUAGAAAAGCGCUAUACAAGUACAACCCAUUUAUCAUCUUUGAAGUUAGCUCCAAACAACAGAAAGGCUCAUUCAAGCAAACGCGUGAAUGAAUGAGCGUGAGUCGGUUCGCCGCCUUGCUAAUCCGUUUAUUUUACCGCGUCGUCGUUCCCUCACAUGCGCCGUGUCACAUGUUCUCCCCCCCUGACGUGAGCUUGCAGAUAUUCCCAGGGCCCCACGAAAGGCAUCCAAAGUUGUCCAAGAGGCUUCCCUCCAUCGUGGUGGAGCCCACGGACGGAGCGGAAGUGGAGAGCGGCGAGCUGCGAUGGCCGCCGGAACCCAGCUCGCCAGACGCGCAGACCGCACCGGCAGUUGAUGUCCAGGUCCAAGCUGGUGUCGGCGAGGGGGUGUCCGGGGUGGAGAUGCCGGCCUCCAAAUGAACAAAACGCUGACGGUACAAAGAAAAACUCCACUGUAACUGUGACUCGGUCCCCACGUGGACCAGGGAGCUCCAAUAGAAAAGCACUUAUUAGUGUGUGUGGAUAGAGAGCUUUGUGGCGCCAACAUGAGGCCACAGUAGAAAUAGCCCGCGAGCUGACCUGACAGUCGUGUCUGCACCUUGAAAUAAAAUGUGUUUUGUUUGUAAA